CAAGUUCCAUUCCACAUUCACCUCUUGAGUGCUGUGGGGACAAAGCAAUACUUAAUGUAUAGCUGCACAUCUCUUUCUUAUAAUUGAGCGCAUUUAGUCAUCUCUUAGAACAACUUUUCGGGAUGGCAAAAAGUGCCAUGGAUCCAGGUCUGCCCGUUUCUCUUUUAAUGAAAGAUGUCUACCCAAGUGAGAGUAAAACACAAGACUGUCUAUCUGAACACAUGUCUGAAGCUUCUUCCCAUGACUCCUUCUAUGAUUCUUUAUCAGACUUACACGGGGAAGCCAUGGAUGUCCCAGAACUCUCUGCUUUCCUUAGCCAGGAGGAAAUGAACAAGAGCCUAGACAUUGCACGUGAAGCCUUUUCAGGACCUCAGUCUGAGAAUACAACCCAAGGACAUGUUUUGAUGACAUUUCAUGCUAGCCUACCUGACAGGUCCUUUAAGGAAUUAAAAAUAAGUAAUUCUGCAUCAGAAAACUUCAGGAAAAGGGAUAAUGUACUUAAUAAAUCAGGAAGAUCCAAUGCUUCUAGUAAUCCAGUGGCUUCAAACGUUCGAGGAAUGAUAUCACCACUUCUAACCACUAGUCCAAGUAUAAUUCGGACUCUGCAAGCCCAAAAAGCUUCCAAACAUCAGGGUAAAAGCGGCUUAACCACUGCUCCAAUUCCAAAAGUCAGGUCAAAAGCAUUUAACAGGGAAAAUAAUGCUCAAAGUGACAUGUGUCAGAAGGCAGCUACUUUUAUCGAAGAACUCUCUGCGAUAUUCCGAGAGACUAGUAAAGCAAGAGACAGGCGACCAAAUGGAGACUCUUCCUCACCAGAUAGUGGCUAUCUCUCUCCAAAAAAGGACAAUGUGAUUAUAAUUAACCCCACAAUCAUGGAAAGUGAAAUAGAACCACAGCAAGAAGUAAAAACAGUGGAAAUGACACUUGUAAAAGAUACAGGUGAAACACUGGAGAAAAUAGAGAAGCAGAUCAAGCAGUUUGAUGCAGAGAAAACUCACACUCAGGACAAUAAAUCUUAUACUCCUCCUUCAGUUGCUCGAUUUGUACAGAAGCUUAAAAGUCAAGAAGUGGCUGAGGGGAGUAGAGUGAGUUUGGAAUGCAGAGUGACAGGAAACCCCUUGCCAGAAGUUAGGUGGUUCUGUGAAGGGAGAGAGCUGCAUAACUCGCCUGACAUUAUCAUCACCUCCGAGAGUGACGGUCUUCAUGCACUUGUCAUCGCUGAGGCCUUUGAGGACGACACAGGGCGCUAUUCUUGUGUGGCAUCUAAUUGCCUCGGCUCUGACACAUCUUCCGCGGAAAUAUUUGUUGAAGGUGCCAGUUCAUCAGACUCAGAAAGUGAAGGCUUUUCUUUCAACUCAAAACCAGGAACGAUGCCACAAGCUCAAAAGAAAACAACAUCAGUGUCACUGACCAUUGGACCAUCGUCACCCAAGUGUGGAAUAACCACUGCAAUAAUGCAGACAAUGUCCAUACCUGUCCAGCCGGUCCACAGCCCCACCUCGUAUCUGUAUCGUCAAGAUGGGUCCAGUUCCUCUACGUUCUCUUCUCCUUCCUUCACUAAGGAGCUUCAGAGCUUGACAGCAACAGAGGGACAAGUUGUGGUGCUGGAGUGCAGGGUAAAGGGGACUCCGCCAGUAAAUGUCAAAUGGUUUAGACAAGGAAUGGAAAUUCAGGAUUCGCCAGACUUCAGAAUUCUUCAGAAAAAACCACGAUGUGCGUCUGAACCUGAGGAGAUCUGUACACUGGUAAUUGCAGAGACUUUCACAGAAGAUGCCGGGAUGUUCACUUGCACAGCUAGAAAUGACUAUGGAUCAAUGACCUGUAGCGCACUGCUCACGGUGCUUGCUGCAAAUAAUGAGCGGACCAGAAGCGAUGUGUCAACUGGAGAGAUUAGUGGUUAUGAUUUCCAGAAACAUUCAUCUCCUUCUCCAACAGCAGUUAAUAGUAGUGGUCUUGAAAUACCAUCAAAGAAACCUUUGGAGUGUUCUCAGCCCAGUAGUUUGCAACUUAAUCCUCUGGAGCGGAAGAGCAAUGGUGUACACACUGAUAAUGGUGUAAAUGGUGUUAGCAGUCAUCCGGACACCCAGUAUCAUUCCGCCACAUUUCCCAGUGCAUUGUCUUCUCCAACCAAAGAACCACCGCCAGUGCCUUCCAAGCCUAAACUGGAUUCACAGACAUUGCAGCAGCUACAAAAUCAAAUACGUCACGAGAAAGAAUCUGCUGUCUGGAAGCAACAAGCCAGCGUUCAGCAGAGUACACCUCCCUCGCCAUCCUUUCCUCCUCCACCUUCCUUCCAGGAGCUGCAGGCCAGUCAGCUCAUACCUCCACCAGCACAAAUGAGUGUUCUGAACUCCCACAAUUCUCCUGCAAUGCAGCCAGCAAGCUCCUUCAACUAUGCUCGGCCUAAACAAUUUAUUGCUGCACAGAGCGUGAACACCACCCCAGGCUAUGUCACACCAUCUUCUGGUUCCUCUACCUCCAGCCUUCCAUCUCCAAUGUCUCCUUCAACACCUCAAAAUCAGUUUGGCAGAGUUCCAGUGCCUCCUUUCUCUCAGCCAUUUGCCACUGAAGGGGAACAGUUUUGGUCUCCAACAUCAUCCUCCCCACCUCCUCCUCCACCUCCUGUUAUGAGUCCAACUGCAAAUUACUAUAGCCAAGACCCAUUUCCUCUUCCUCCCCCUCCUCCUCCACUCCCAGCAUCUGCACCACUACCGUCAUACAGCCCAUCUCUUUCUCCAGCAACAAGAGCUUCUAGCUCCAGCCACAGCCCAGCAGCCUUUCUUAGUUCCAUGCUACCAUCCCAGAUGUCACCGGUCUCAUUCAAUGAGCUGGGGCUUCCAAAAGGCGUGAUGCCCCCGGGCUUCCCAAAGAAGGGUGGUCGGACUGCCCGGAUAGCAUCCGAUGAGGAGAUACAGGGAACAAAAGAUGCAGUAAUACAAGAUCUUGAGAGAAAACUACGUUUCAAAGAAGAACUACUGAACAAUGGACAACCGAAAUUGACUUAUGAGGAGAAAAUGGCUCGACGGCUGCUGGGAGCUGACAGUGCAGCAACAGUGUUUAACCUGCAGGAACCAGAGGACGAUGUAAAUGCCCAGGAGUACAAAGUGUCCAGCUUUGAGCAGAGACUCAUUGGUGAAAUCGAGUAUCGCCUUGAACGAUCUCCUGUUGAAGAAUCAGAUGAUGAAGUGGAACAUAGCGAUGAGUUUGGGGAGGACAGCGCCCCUCCUCAGUUUGAGGCAAAACUGAGGCAUUACAAGAUCUUUGAGGGAACUCCAGCCACUUUUACAUGCAAGGUGACUGGCAAUCCAAAGCCAAAGAUAUACUGGUUCAAAGAUGGGAAACAAAUCUCUAAAAGAAGUGAGCACUACAGGAUCCAAAGAGAAGUUGAUGGGACCUGUUCUCUUCAUACCUCAGCCUCCUCCCUGGAUGAUGACGGAAACUAUACCAUCAUGGCUGCAAACCCACAGGGCAGAGUAAGUUGUACUGGAAGGCUGAUGGUACAGGCGGUGAACCAGAGAGGACGAAGUACCCGCACACCCACAUCCCAGCCCCACAUUAGGAGACCACGAUCUCGGUCAAGGGAUAGCGGAGAUGAAAAUGAACCCAUCCAGGAGAGAUUUUUCCGCCCUCAUUUCUUGCAAGCUCCUGGAGAUCUUAUUGUUCAAGAAGGAAAGCUUUGUAGGAUGGACUGCAAGGUGAGUGGACUACCAACGCCUGACCUGAGUUGGCAACUGAAUGGGAGACCUGUCCGUCCAGACAACUCUCACAAAAUGUUAGUGCGUGAGAAUGGAGUGCACUCUCUGGUUAUUGAGCCAGUGACCGCAAGAGAUGCUGGAAUAUAUACCUGUGUGGCCUCUAAUCGUGCUGGCCAGAAUUCAUUCAGCCUGGAACUUAUAGUUGCUGCAAGGGAUGCCCACAAGCCACCUGUGUUCAUAGAAAAACUACAGAACACGGGAGUGGCUGAAGGAUACCCAGUGAGACUGGAGUGUCGUGUCACCGGGAUUCCCCUUCCACAAAUAUUCUGGAAGAAAGAAAAUGAUUCGCUGACAUACAACACAGAACGAGUCAGCAUGCAUCAAGAUAACUAUGGUUACCUCUGUCUACUAAUUCAAGGUACCAUUAAAGAGGAUGCUGGCUGGUACACUGUAUCAGCAAAGAAUGAGGCUGGCAUUGUAUCGUGUACUGCCAGACUUGAUAUACACACUCAGUAUCAACAAUCACACACUCCCAAAACGAGGAAAGUACGGCCUUCCACUAGUCGGUAUGCAGCACUUUCUGACCAAGGGCUGGACAUCAAGGCAGCUUUCCUUCCAGAAGCAAACCCGGUGCACCUGCAGCCAGCACUGGUAGAGAGCGACGACCUGUAGAUGGGACAUGUGGGAACUUUUAUGUAGAAGCCAUAGGAGGAAGUCACCGGGAGCCAGCUCUUUCACAUGGUAUAACAAGUCAGACACGCCUUCAUCUAACCUGAUAGAGACAUCUAAUAUUACACAUAUAAUAAACUGCAUAUUCAUUAUAUGUGUAAGCCAUCUAGAACAUAGGCUAGCAGGGAUAAAUCUUCUGUAUUUAUGGCACGUAAGUAUCACUCACUCUUCUGCUCUAUGAAAGGAUCUCUUAGUUUAUGCGCUCACAUUUGUCUAAGAAAACAGGAUUUCCCGACUCACUAGUGCCUUCAAAGUUCGGUAGGACAACAAUGUGCAAUGUUUUAUGUCGGAAUGCCUCAAACACCCAAAUUAUGUUUUUACAUUUGUCCAUUGCAAAGGGCUGUCGGGGUGAGAUGCUAGAACGCUUCAGGAGUUUUAAAAAAUAAUAAUCUGGCUUGCUUUUUUGUGUGUCAUUGUAUUGGCUAUGAUUGUGUUACUUAACCUUGGACACCAGCAGAAAAAAAGUCAAAGUAUCAGAGGAUCUGAGAAGACGAGCCAAGCAGUCAGAGGAUGUAGCUGGCUAUGGACUUGGUACUCUCUAAGACAGCAGAAAAAACUCCUCAUAUCCUCUACACUUGUUUCCACUAUUUACUGUACAUGAGGAGACUUUUAGAUGGCAGGGGAUAGCAGAUAUAAUGUAUGAUUCUUGCUAUGUACUCAAUACCCGAUAGCCUUUCUACAGCUUUUAAUUAAGCUUAAUAUCCAUUAAAUGAAGACAUUGAAGAAACCUCACCACAGCCCAGUAAAUAAUGGGGCUUGUUACAAGGUAGGAAAGUAGAGUAACCGGAGUCAGGAUAUCAAUUGAGUUUUGGGAUUCUUGCCGGGUGGCCUGUUGCAGUUCUAAACAAACCCUGACAAGAUACAGAGACAUGAAAGCUAGUGCUCCCUACAGGAUACAGUCUGAUGAAUUGUAGGGUUUUCUUGAAUAGAAGAUAGUGGCCUUCCAUGCACAAGGUCAGCGUUGUGGACAGUGUCAUGCGUAAUGUUUACAGAGUCUAGUCAAGAUCUAAAAAACCAUUUAAACUUAGUGUAAGAAAAGGGAAAUAUUUGCUUGGAAUUUAUUAGAUGAUUAGUGAAAGUGAAGAUGACGAGUUUGAGUGUUUUAUCAUUCAGUGAAUGUUUAACAUACAAGAUGCUGUAGCAUCCUUCCCACAGCAGGAGGUUUGACAAUAAUUAUAUAUCGGGAAGAUGAAAAGCAGUACUAAAUAAAUAGAUGAACUUGUGUAAAACAAGACGCCUGUACGUUGAGUCUCUGUAUGGAAUGUUUAUGGUAAGACAAGGUUACAUCCACGCAGCGCGGCUCACCAGUGUCGAAGUUAUUGUGAAGCAUGAUCUGAUCUGUUUACAUGAGCUGGAGGUGAUGAACAGAUUGUUUACCAGUGAUGCAAAUUACCUGACCCAGACAGUUUAUCAAUAGCCUUCUCAAUCAGCUAUGGUAAGUCAUAUAAACUAGAAUGAGUAGCAGAAUGUUGGAUGUAUUCAUGAGAGAGCUCAGACUCUGUGUAAUCUCUUAUUGUACAGAGGAGUCGGUGGAAAUGCUGCUUUUUGCAGUAAAACAGGAACGCUACUUCACAGAGUACCCAGCUGAGUCUGAACUCUUAUGAGACUCUCUCACUGUAGUGGCUCUGUAGCCAUUCCUAUGUCGUCUAAGCCAUUUACUAAACAGCAGUAAGAAGACAGCACAGACACACUGUCAGCACUCAGUAGAAGUUUACAGUUAUUUAAACGUGAUAAAACAAUCAGCACAUAGAAAACUGUUGGUCAGCUACCUCUCAGUAUUGAUACAACACUGCCAGUUUAUGCAAUAUACCACUGAUAGAGAGAGAUAUAUAUAUAUAUAUAUAUAUAUAUAUAUAUAGCUGCUGCUUGUCGUAUAUCUCCCCAGGGUAAAGACAUGCUCUCAAGCCAGUGUGCUAAUUGCAGCAUAUUUAGUUAACAUAGGCCACGAGCUAGAGUAAGUGCCAGCAUGCUUUCCACAGUAGUAUGAAUGCCUUAAUGUCGGUGAAAGGAAAAGUCUGAAGACACUGAUAAUAGAAGGUAUUAUCAGUGAAUGAAGAUAAUAAACCACCCUUCUCAUGACAUGCAAUACAUAGACGUACAGUGAGAUUCAUAAAAGGAUAAGAUGACAUAUAAGAGUUAUUGCCUUCAGUGACAGCAGACCUUCCAUGGUUGUGGGUUUGCAGGUGUUACUUGUUCGAGAAUACAUGUUAUACAAUCACCAGAUAAAGCCAAACAAGUUGAUUCAAAUAUUAAUGGUACAUACGUAAUUCGCCAAGGAAAAAAAAGCAACACUGUAUACCUUGUUCAAAGCAUUAUUUAUGUUUUAUCUCAGUUAUAUUACAUAUGUAUCAUUUUUUUACACACAUAUAUAAUAACUCACCAUAUGUUAUGCUGUAGGACAUUAGGGGCUUUUUAUACAAAUCUUUAGUCAUUUUUUCUUAACUUUUUUGUAGUGUGACAGCACAGUACAGGUUUUGGUGCUGUAUUUAAGCAGUUAGAAGUAUAUGCGUUAUUUGAAUUACACCAUAGAUAUAUAUAUAUGGCUAUGUCUUCCAAGGUGUGCAGUUCUUGUACCAACACAUGCCUUUUAUUGCAUUUUAAAACUAGAUGUUGUUAUUCCAUAAACCACCAGUAGAGGGAUGGGAACACAUUAAACAUAUACAGUGUAUGUGUACUGACAACAUACAUGCUACGGCAUCAGACUGCGCUAGGGAGGGUUUUACUUAUGGAAUAGCUCAACAUUGUCUACAUCGCUUCCUAAUUUUCUGCUAAAAACUUUUUUUUAUCAUCUGCCAAUACACCUCUAAUAUGACUUGUUAUUUAGAAAAUGAUUCAUUUCACCUGUGUUAUUCUGCCACCACCAUGUAUCUGUAUUUAUAGAAAAUGCCUCCAUCUGUGUGUAUGGGUCAUGUCAUGAGUUGAGACAAUUUGAAGUUUAACAAAGUCUGUUAAAUAACAAAAACAAAUGUACUUUUGUGGGAUAAGGUUCUUAUGAUAAUUGCUAUGCAAGGAUUUAAAUAAAGAUUGUUUCUUCAAAACA